AUGGCCCCUCUCAGCGUCAGCAGCUGCCUCUUCUGCAAGCCCAAACCGUGGAACGAAAGGGAACUCGAACUCCUCAACUGGUACGCCUUGCACAUGAACGGCCGGCUGGACACAUGUAUCUGCACGUGGCACAAUCGGGCACAAAUCCAGAUGCUUCCGGAUGUGCGGCAGUCGAUUGCGCGGGAGUCGAGACGACGGACGACACCCCUCGGCGAAUUGCGGGUUAAAGUCUUUAUGGAGCAUUAUCGGGGGAUGCAGGCCGAUCGGAAGAAGAAGUCGUCCGCGAGGUGCGUCGUUAUGUGA